GUGAAGGGCAGCAGCGGAGGGGAUCGGAAAUCAGAACCGAGGGUCCCGGAAGUCCAGAGGGGCCAAGACUCCAGGAGAUGGGGAGGAAAACUGGCUGAGGGAAAGCUCACUAAAUAUCCCCCGGAGUUGGAAGUGUGCGAGAGAAAAGGCAGAGGGGAGGAGGAAAGAAAAGGGCCCGUCCCCUUCACUCUCCGUGGACGUGCAGGAGUCAAUGGAGUCUCAGAGUGUUAAGCGAAGAGCUGGAGAAAUGAAAGAUGGGGGGGCAGAGGGCCCCACCAAACGUACCCACCCUGCCCCUUCACUGCCCACCGAUGCCUCCCUCUACGUGGGCUCCUUCCCGUUCUACCGCCGCCCCUCGGAAUUGGGCCACUUCUCCCUGGACGCCGAGCGCCGCUACCACGGAGACUCCCGGGCCCUGCGUUACUUUGCUCCUCCCCCAAUCCACACUUCUGCCCCUGACUUCGACCUCCGGGAAGGCUACCCCGAGCGCUACCGGCCCCGAAAUGAGGAGAUCAGAGAGGGGCUGGAUCACCUACUUCGCUGGCUCCUGGAGCACCGAGGGCAGCUGGAAGGGGGCCCAGGCUGGUUGGCAGGGGCUGUGGUGACAUGGCGAGGGCAUUUAACAAAGCUGUUGACAACACCCUAUGAGCGUCAAGAAGGUUGGCAGCUUGCAGCUUCACGUUUUCUCGGGACUCUUUAUCUGAGUGAGGUGGAAACACCUGCUGCUAGGGCACAGAGACUGGCUCGUCCUCCAUUCCUCCGGGAACUCAUGUACAUGGGGUACAAGUUUGAACAGUACAUGUGUGCAGACACACCAGGGGGUUCUCCUGAUCCUUCUGGAGAGGUCAAUACUAAUGUGGAAUUCUGCUCAGUGUUACAAAGUCAAUUAGGAACUCAUCACCUGCUCUUCUCUGGAGAGAUGGACUGUACAGACCCUAAAGCUCCAUCUACACAGCCACCUGCCUGCUAUGUAGAGCUCAAGACCUCAAAAGAAAUGCACAGCCCUGGCCAGUGGAGGAGCUUCUACCGACACAAACUCUUGAAGUGGUGGGCUCAGUCAUUCCUUCCUGGGGUUCCACGUGUAGUUGCUGGCUUCCGAGAUCCUGCAGGUGCUGUGCGAUCACUCAAAACCUUUCCCACCAUGAAGAUGUUUGAACUCAUAAGGAAUGACCGAGAAGGUUGGAAUCCAUCUGUAUGUAUGAACUUUUGUGCUGCUUUCCUCAGCUUUGUCCAAAACACAGUCACUCAAGAUGAUCCCAGGCUUGUUUACCUCUUCUCCUGGGAACCAAGUGGCCCUGUUACUGUGUCUGUUCAUUAUGAUGCUCCCUAUGCCUUUCUGCCUACCUGGUAUGUGGAUGCUGUAACCCAGGACUUCCCUUCACCUCCUAAGACCUCCUAAGUAGCUCAGAGGACUAAUUUCUCCAGGAAAUUAAUCAAAAAGAGGCUGGUCCCUCCUUCCUACACACACAAAAUAAAAGCAUUUUUAACUA